AUGAGUGAAUUUGAAACCACAGUGUGGCCAUUGUUGGAGCCACAGAUGCAAAUGAUGGCCGAAGGGUUCGAAAACAGGACGUGGGCCAAGAUGAUGAACAACACGUACGAGCCUGAGGACCUCUACCAUCUUUCACCGACCACGAUCGAGCGGGUUGUCUCGAUGAUGGUGCCGGUGUUUUUUGGCUUCAUCGGACUGGCUGGCUUACUCGGCAAUGGACUGGUUGUGCUUGUCGUUGCCGCCAACCAGAGUAUGCGAUCGACGACCAACCUGCUAAUCAUCAACCUCGCCGCGGCGGAUCUGCUGUUCGUCGUGUUCUGCGUCCCGUUCACCGCCGUCGACUACGUGCUGCCCGAGUGGCCUUUCGGCGAUUAUUGGUGCAAAUUUGUGCAGUACAUGAUCGUCGUGACGGCGCAUGCCAGCGCGUACACGCUCGUCCUGAUGUCACUGGAUCGGUUUCUUGCCGUCGUCCAUCCCAUCACCAGCAUGUCGAUCCGUACGGAGCGAAAUGCCUCCAUCGCCAUCAGCUUCACGUGGCUCGUCAUCCUGACGACGGCCAUCCCGGUGGCCAUCUCGCACGGCGUGCUGUCCUAUCCGCGUCAGGGCGGCGAGUACACGGCCUGUCUGUUCCUGCACAACAAGGGCUACAGCUUGGUUGCCUUUCACGUGUCAUUUUUCCUGUCAUCGUACGUGGUGCCGCUGUCACUGAUAUCCUUCCUGUACAUGGGCAUGCUGGUGCGCCUCUGGAAGGGAGCCCCCGGUGGACGUGCUUCGGCCGAAUCGAGGCGAGGCAAAAAACGUGUCACCCGGAUGGUAGUCGUGGUGGUGCUGGUGUUCGCCUUCUGCUGGUGCCCGAUACAGGUGAUCCUGCUGCUGAAGUCGCUGAAGCUGUACGAGCUCACACACGCUAGCAUCAUCUUUCAGAUCGUUUCGCACGUGCUGGCCUACACCAACUCCUGCAUCAACCCGGUGCUGUACGCCUUCCUGUCGGACAACUUCCGGAAAGCGUUUCGCAAGGUCGUCUGGUGCGGCCGACCAUCGGCACCGACCAUCCCGCCGGCCGCCCAGACCAAAACAACCCGCACCACCGGCAACGGCACGUCGAACGCGGACGCCUUAUGA